GGUGGGCAUCACAAAUAUCGGAACCUGACUGUCUAGCCGGAGCAAAAAGACGAGAACAUGUCAAACAUGGCGACCACCCUACGGCUGCAGGCGAUCGCACUGGCCGUGCUGCUAUCGCGUCUGGCGCCGGCGUCGGCUAAGCUGCAGCCACCGCCACUGGGGAUCGCGCGGCCAGGCUGCCGCGACAGGUGCGGCAACAUUACUGUCCCCUACCCAUUUGGCAUCGGAGCCGGGUGCCACCGCGACGAUGGCCUCCAAGGCUUCCAGCUCGUCUGCGACGACACCCGCUCCCCUCCCCGCCUCACCAUAUACGGCUACAACUACCAGCUCUCCAGCCUGGCCCUUGACGCCGGCGAGGCCCGGACCUACCUCAACGCGACGCGCCAGUGCUACAACGCCACAGGGGGCUUCAUCGGCGGCCGGACCUCCGACACGUAUAUGUCUCUCGGCACCAGCCCCUACCUCUUCUCCCCGGCCAAGAACCGCCUCGUCGCGCUCGGCUGCCCCAACCUCGGCUACUUCUCCGACAUGGCGGGCUACUACGUCAGCGGCUGCAUGUCCGUGUGCCGGCCGUCGCAGUACGCCAUUCCGGGGGAGUGCACCGGCGUGGGGUGCUGCCAGAGCGCGAUACCACCCGGCGUCAACUUCUUCGAGCCGAACACGCUCAACGUACCGCAGGGGCAGGGCGACUCAACAUUCAACACCAAUGUCACGAGGUGCCGCUACGUGUUCCUAGUGGAGGCCGAGUGGUUCAGGUACAGCGACAGCGUGUACCUCAACCGGACCGACGACUUCGCCGUGCCCGUCGUGCUCGACUGGGCCGUCCGGAACGUCGGCAACUGCAGCGCCGCCAAGCGCAACACGACGGACUACGCGUGCCGGAGUGCCAACAGCGGGUGCGUCGACUCCAGCAACGGCGCCGGCUACCGGUGCAACUGCUCCAAGGGGUACGAGGGCAACCCCUACCUCAACGACGGAUGCAGAGACAUCGACGAGUGCCAGCACAAAGACGAAUACCCCUGCUACGGAGUCUGCACAAAUACGCCGGGAAACUACACUUGCAAAUGCCCUCCGGGAACUAGUGGUGACGCCUCUACGCAGAACGGUUGCCGGGACAAGGACAAGUUCACGUUGGCUCUCAAAGUGGUUACAGGAGUCAGCGUCGGAGUGUUCUUGUCAGUGUUCGUGUGCUUCUGGCUCUACCUGGGGCUCCAGAAGAGGAAGCUCAUCAGAACGAAGCAGAAAUUCUUCGAGCAAAACGGGGGCGUGCUCCUGCAGCAGCAGAUGCGUUCCUACAGUAGCGCUGGCGCCGGAGCAGGUGGGUUCAAGAUUUUCUCCAAGGAAGAGCUUGAGAAGGCGACCAUCAACUUCGCCGAUGACCGAGUUCUCGGCCGUGGCGGGCACGGCAUCGUCUACAAGGGUAUCCUCGAGGACGAGACGGUGGUGGCAAUAAAAAAGUCUAAGAUGAUGGAGGAGGCCCAGACCAAGGAGUUCGCAAGGGAGAUGUUCAUCCUUUCCCAAAUCAACCACAGGAACGUCGUGAAGCUGCUUGGCUGCUGCCUUGAAGUGGAAGUUCCCAUGCUGGUCUAUGAGUUCGUCUCAAACGGCACUCUCUACCACUACAUCCACGAUAAGGACCUCAAGGCUGACAUAACCUUUGACACCCGUCUUCGGAUAGCGGUGGAGUCCGCGGAGGCUCUCGCGUACAUGCACUCCUCAGCUUCGCCGCCAAUCCUCCAUGGAGACGUCAAGACGGCGAACAUUCUACUCGACGACAAGCUCACUGCGAAAGUUUCAGAUUUCGGGGCAUCAAAAUUGGCACCGACUGAUGAGGCUGAGAUUGCAACAUUGGUGCAGGGGACCUGCGGGUACCUGGACCCUGAAUACCUUAUGACAUGCCAGCUAACCGAUAAGAGCGACGUGUAUAGCUUUGGUGUCGUCCUCCUGGAGCUUCUGACUAGGAAGAAGGCACUGUACUUGGACGGGCCUGAGGAAAACAGGAGCCUCGUGUCAUCCUUCAUGACGGCACUGAAGGCUGGCCGGUAUGAAGAGCUUCUGGACAGCCAGGUGAGGAACGAGAUGAGAGCUGAUGUCCUAGAAGAAAUUGCUCACCUCGUGGUGCGAUGCCUCAGCAUGAGCGGGGAGGAACGGCCAACAAUGAAGGAGGCUGCCGAGAGGCUGGAGAUGCUAAGGAGAUACCAGCAGCACCCGUGGGUUCAAGCUGGUGGCAAUGCUGAAGAGAGGCAGAACUUGCUUGGCAUGGAACAACAGAACCUUCCUUACAAGUUCAGACAGCAAGACGUCCUUGAUCUUGAAGAGGGCAGCACAUAUACUUUUAGUUUGUAGAUCAUAAUAUUUGUGCCGUUCUUUAGCAAAUAAAGUCAAGUUUGGAUUAUUUUGACUGUAAUAACAAAAAGGUGCACAACUGUUGAGGCAAAACUAGAUCAAGCAGUUAGAGAGUUUGAAAGUGAGACGUUGACUCAUUCUCAAAUUAAUAACAAAUUGCUUGAUUUGUGCAGUGCGAAUUUAACUCCUUCAAGUAACUAGUACGUGAUCAGAUAAUGUGGAACAAAAGAACCUCUAAAAGGUUUAUGUCGAUUGUAAGAUCCCA